AAUAUGUCAAACGAGUAGUCAAUGCUUCGGAAUGCAUUGUUUAUAACCAAAAACCUUUGCAAUAAAGAGUUUCCUAUCGUGGAAAAAUUGAUAAUGAUGCAUCGAAUGCUUCUGAACGCAAUUAAGUUUAACCGGUCAUUCUCGGCAUGUCUAUCUACAACAGUUCCACCGGCGACGGCUACCGCUCGUAAGACAAAUGAAUUUCCAGCGAAACUAAUCGACGAUGCAAUCGAAAAGAGGCCUCAACUCAAAAAUUUCACCCGAAACCAAUGGCAACAAACGUUUGAGACACUCACCGGACAAGGCUUCAACAUAGCCAGUUUCAUGACAAUCGUAGGAAAACGACCGCAACUGCUAAGACGUUCACCGGAAAAACUUGUUCAAAGUAUUGAAUGUCUGCGGUGCACGAAUUUUGAAUCGAAAUUGAUUUUUGAAUUGGUCGAAAAAAAUCCGGAAUAUUUAGAAUUCAACAAUAUCGCUCUGCUGAGGGAAAAGAUGUCAUUUUUGAAAUGGCUCGCAAAGACCGAAAUAAAUAUUUUCCGAAUUCUCUGUGCAUCGCCCAAUGUGUUAGCAGAAACCGAACAGUGCACUAAGGCAAAGAUGGAUUAUAUGACGCAAGUGAUGAGACUGGACGAAACACAAGCGUCCAAAUCGUCAGCAUUCAGCUAUUCAUUGGACGAGAUCAAAUUGCGUCACGUAUUCCUGGAUCGGCUGGGCCUGUUCAAGCCAAAGAAUCCCAAAGUCAGUGCGUUGCAGCCGAGUAAAAAUCCGAAAACGAGCAGCAUCUUUGACUGUACAGACCGGGAAUUCGCGACGAAAACGUGCGGCGUCACCGUUGAGGAAUUUGAAACGUUUCGAGAGUUGUACCAAAGGGAAAAGCAUAGACACGAAAAGAAUGUAGAUGAAGAACACGAAGAAUGAAUUCAAUAAAAGGUUGGAGGUGGCGUAGUGGUAACUCUG